AUGUCGUUGACAGCAUGCGUUCCUGAUGGCUCAGAAUCAACUUUUGGAGAUACAGACAUGUCCUUCCUUCUGAUCACAGAAUUACCCCAGGGUGAGGAAAGGGGGCCGCAAACCAGCGAUAACCAUGAGGAGAUCAAAGUCAUUGAUGAUCAAAUACAGAAGUGGUCGAAAGGUAAGGACGGCAACAUCCGCUCCCUGUUGUCAACUUUACAUUAUGUUCUUUGGUCUGGAAGUGGGUGGAAGCCUGUGCCUCUUGUUGAUAUAAUUGAAGGAAAUGCAGUGAAAAGAACAUAUCAAAAGGCCUUACUCUAUCUACACCCUGAUAAACUACAACAGAAAGGUGCUACCUGGCAUCAAAAAUACAUCGCAGAAAAAGUUUUCGAUAUUUUGCAGGUGUUUCGUUUGUACGGUGUGCUGCUGUGUAUUGGAGACACAUCAUCUUUGGUUUUGUAUCAUAUUUGA